AUGGUAACCGUGGACGGUAAAGAUAGCCGUCAAAGCGGUCCGGCAGAUUUAAGAGCAGAGCGGCGUGGUGUUGGGGUCGCACUCGAUGAUGCCUUGGAGGAUGCGGUCGUUGCUGCAGCCCCUGCACUUGCCGCACUUGCAGGUCAUGCCGUCGCCGCACUUCCCAAGAUGGUUGUCCCGUCCUCCGCAUCGUUGUCCAGGUCCGGCCAUGCACUGCAUCCUUCCGCAAGGGUCCCGGGUGAUGCCGUAAUUGCAGCCCUCCGGUUCUACGUAGCACUCUUCUCCCCUACAGGGUUUGCAAGGGUAGUAGUCGAAGCUGAAGGCCAUGGCGGAGGUCACUGCUGUGAGGAGGAGCAACAAGGAGUACAUCUCGAUCUCUGGGAGCUGGAGGACUGA